ACGAUCAUGGUCGCACUAUUACUGUUCAUUUAAUCGGCCCUCAUACCGAGCUGAUUAGAAUGUAUUCAUUAUAUAAUGCUCACCAACGAUUUCAAUUUCAUUUUCUCUUCCAUUGAGUAUUAUUCAUCAUCUAUAUCAACUUAAAAUCAUGUUUAAGCUCUGCGUCGUUGUCAUGACGGCUGUCUUAAGCCUCACCUCAGCUAAGACUUGCACCAAUAUCACUAUUCCAAUCUCCAUCAAUGCUCGAAAUGGCAUUUUCAGUAUUCCAACUCUUUCCGAUGCCAUUGCCGUGACAAAAUUCGCACAGGAUUUCUUAAGAAAUGGGCAAAAUUACAGCGCAUCUACAUUGUCUGGGUUCACCACCGUGACUGGCCAAUAUAACAUUGCUGCAACGGUAUGCGUACCAAGCAAAGCAAGUAAUUACUCCAGUACAUGGCAGUUUCUUACUCAUGGAGUUGGCUACGAUAGGACGUGAGUACAUCGAGUGAGCCAUUUCAUAAAUAUAAGUACUGAUGAUACAUAUAGGUAUUGGGAUUUGCCAUUCGAUAACCACAACUACUCAUAUGUAGAUGUUGCAGUUGAUCAGUAUGGCUACAGCACUCUAGCCAUUGAUAGGCUGGGGAUAGGGGAAUCCUCGAAAGCUGACCCGACUUCGAUCAUACAAGCUCCUGCCGAGCUUUCAGCCAUUAUAGAAGUAACAAAACUAUUACGUGCAGGCAGUUUGCCGGAUGUUAUCAUCUCCAAACCUAACAAGCUUGUCCACGUUGGUCAUUCUUUCGGCUCAAUCCUAUCAUAUGGACUCGUUUCCGCACACCCAGAAAUCACAGAUGGACUUAUACUCCAAGGGUUUUCCAUCGAUAGCUCAGCUCUAGCUCAAACAAUCGCAGGAUUUAACAUUCAAUCCGCGUCCGUAAAUCAACCUUAUAAAUUCGGUCCGCCAUCUUUUGAACCGCUAUUCGACGCAGCAUUAUCUCUGCUUCAAAGCGCACUCAGCAAAAUAGGAUCUUUCUAUAUCGCGGGCUCCAACCAAAAUAACGGUAAUAUCUACGCACAAGACCUUCCCAACGGCUAUAUCACGUGGGCCAACCUUGGCUCCAACCAAUUCGCCUUCCUCGCACCACCGUACUACGAUCCCGCCAUUGCUGAAUACACAGAAGAACACAAAGAGCCCUUUACGACCGGCGAGAUCCUAACAAUAGCCGGUCAGCCAUCUUCCGCACCUGAAUUCACCGGACCCGUAUUGGUAUUGACGGGAAAUGAAGACCAGAUUUUUUGUGGAGGAAAUUGUUCUGAGACGGGUAGUGCUAAUAGUGCGCCGAAUAUACCUGCGCAGGCUGCAGUUGUCUUUCCAAAAGCGAGGACUUUUGUUCCAUAUGUUCAGCCGAGAUGUGGACAUGCGGUUAAUGUUCAUUUUAAUUCUUCGGGGGCGUACAAGGUUAUGAAUGAAUUUUUGCGGGAGCAGGGGUUUUAGGUUGGUGAAGGAAUGGGGAUGGGAAUGGGAUUGGAAGAGGAAGAGAAAUGGAGAGAGAGAGAGGAACAAUCUUACUUUAUGGUGCUACGGAUAAGUGUUUUAAUUUUGGGCCGGUGGGGGAAGCGGGAGAGAUUAUUGCUGGUUUCUUUAUUACUUACUAAUUUCCUAUCAU